AAACCCUACCUUGCGUCCCAAGUCUCCACCGAUAAUGCAACCAUCCACCAACAUUUUUAGCCUCCAUGGUUGUCCACCUUCGUACCUUUCCCAUUUCCCUACAUCCUCACCAUUUUGCGGACAAAACCCUAAUCCAUUCUUCAGCUUCGAAACUGGUGUGAAUACUCCACAGUUCAUGAGUUUGAGCAGCAACAACUCGACCUCAGAAGAAGGAGAAGAGAAUCAUACGGAGAUAGUCAAUGAGCGGAAGCAAAAGAGGAAGAUAUCGAACAGAGAAUCGGCCAGGAGAUCGCGUAUGAGGAAGCAGAGACAAGUGGAUGAGCUUUGGUCACAAGUGAUGUGGCUUAGGAAUGAGAAUCAUCAGUUGCUUCGUAAGCUUAACUGCGUUUUAGAGUCUCAAGAGAAGGCUAUUGAAGAGAACGCUCAGCUCAAAGAGGAAACCUCUGAGCUUAAGCAAAUGAUUAGUGAUAUGCAGCUUCAGAAUCAAAGUCCUUUCUCUUGUAUCAGAGACGACAUUGUAUAGAUGAUGUUUAAGUGGCUCUAGUAUGUAUCUAUAAAUGUACAUCCAGAGAUGAUCUGUCUCAGAUUAAGACCAAUAAUUAGUAAAUUAGUCAUUUUUAA